CAAAGUGUAAUGGAACUAACCUUCAGUGAAUGUAGGUCUUCACAAAUAAGUUGCUCCAAGAACAUGUGAUAAAAAUUGUGUAUAUUAAUAACAAAUGAUAUUAACACACAGAACAAACAGUUCAAGGUACAUCUACUUUUUCUGAACUUCAAUAAGCAGAAUGUUCGAAAGCAGCAAACAGUUUUUGAGAAGUUUUCACACAUUUCGGGCUUUGUUGAAAGAGAAGCCGACUAAUCUAAAAGGCAAGAAACACAGCUCACAGCAAUGGCUAUCAAGGCAGUUCAAAGAUCCUUAUGUAGAAAAGGCAAGACAAGAAAACUAUCGUUGUAGGAGUGCCUUCAAACUGCUUGAGAUAAAUAGAAAGCACAGAAUUUUAUCACCAGGUCUUCAUGUAGUCGAUUGUGGUGCAGCUCCAGGGAGUUGGACCCAAGUUGCCACACAGUUGACUAAUUCCCAUGGGAAAAUGUUGGGUGAACAAGUGGGAAAAGUUAUUGCAAUUGACAAAUUACCAAUCCAUCCUAUAGAAGGAGCAACAGUUUAUGGAAAUCUUGACUUUACCACUGAAGACGCGCAAAACAUAUUAAAAGCAGCUUUAGGAGGAAAAUUUGUAGAAGUAGUUAUGUCGGACAUGGCACCCAAUGCUUCGGGUGUCAGAGAUUUGGAUCAUGAAAACAUCAUCAAGUUGGCGUACAUGGCAUUCAAAUUUGCCAUAGAAGUAUCUUGUUACGAAGGAACAUUCAUUGUCAAAGUGUGGGAUGGGCACAAAUGUCCAAAACUGGAAGAAGACCUUGCUAGGUUUUUCAGGAAUGUCAAAAUAGCAAGACCCCAAGCCACAAGAGAUGAGUCUUCAGAAAAAUUCAUCAUUGCUCGUGGUUUUAAAGGUCUGAGGACGAAAGCAGAUCUGUGAAACUAUUAAUUGUAGCUUUACUUGUAAAUACGUUUUACUGUAAAUAUAUGCGUUUUUGUUAAGAUCUCA